GACUGAAAGAUUGAAACAAUAUAUUCCUUGCACAGUGAUCUUAGGACUACCCCAAGUUGUUGAGACGUUAACUGUGUCAUCACAAUUACUAUUAUUAUUAUUAUUAUUAUUUAUUUAUUUGUAAUUAAAAAAUUACCGAUUUUAGCUUUUUUUUUUGGUCGAAUAUCACCAUCUGUGCAAAGCUUUCAUCACUGGUUUGAUUGGAUCCUCUAACAACAGAGCGUUUGUGUUUGUGAAUAUGCGCAUGCGUCAGACCCCCUCCUCAUCGAUUGGUUGUUGUCGAGAUUUACUGUCACUUGCAUUUUCUGCACAUCUCGGGAAAAGCUGACACUGAAAUUGAACCACGCAUAUGAACAUACGUUCAGCACAGUUUAAAAGUCUUUGCGUUCAGAGUAGGCCUAUACAUGGUUAGCGUAUCGAAUUGGAAAAUAUUAAAGGAAAUAGUGGAACGUCCCCAGUGUUUUAAAGAGCAAGAAUUUAAAAACGGAAAGCCAAACGUGUUGCGCGGCCUACUGACCUUCCCUGACCUAAAUAUAAUACUUUUGAAUUUAUUUCAGGCGGAAAUUUAUAAAAAUUAGUGUUGCUCUUGAUUCGGGAUCAGCCACCCAGACAUUACCUACAAGGCUAAUCGGACGAAGACUUUCUUGCUUAUACAAAUAUGAAUUAUGUACGAUAUACCGUGUUAGUAGCUGCAUUCGCUAUUACUGCUGCAGUCACUGUUUCAGAUAAGACAGUCACGUACCCAGAAUUGCGAUGCCCAAACCUUGAGUGGAGAAUGUUUGAAGGAAAGUGUUAUAAUUUGUACCAAGAAUCACUAACAUGGUAUGAGGCGGAGAAGAGGUGUAAAAUUUAUGGAGCAGAUUUAGUUCUUCUCAAGAAUGAAAAACUGAACGAUUUCGCAGUCAACUUGGCGGCCUCAAUCUCGAGUUCAAUUCGGUUCAUAUGGAUGGGGCUAACAGAUAGGGAAACUGAGGGAGAAUUCAAGUGGAAUGAUGGAACCGAUUUAGUGUACAACAACUGGGGGAGUGUCGAACCGAAUAACAGGGGGACAGACUUUCAGCCGAACGCCGAUUGUGUGCUUCUUUAUAUCAACGGAAUGACCGGGGAGUGGAAGGACAAAAGCUGCGAGGAAACGUUAUUCUACAUGUGUAUGAAGAACGCUACUUCUGGCUCAACAACCACAUUUGUCUCCACACCGGUCACUGCAACACAGCCAGUAGCGACGGUAUCAACGAAGGAAAAUGCAGAGUUGCGGUUAGCGGAUCUAACCAACAAGGCACUUAGUGGAAACUUAACAGUUGCGGAAGCAACAGAUGUUGCAAAAGAUGCUAUUGAUACCAUGCAGAGCGUUUUCAAUUCCCCGACCUCCGAUACGGAUAAGAUGGACAUUACAGAGAAAGCAGAAGAAUUGUUCGUGGCUCUGUCGGCAUCGGUCGAAGUUGGCGAAUCCAUCACUAUUGACAGAGACAAUAUUGUGGCGGAAUUGCAUCAUUUAUCCUCAUCUGACGAUUUGGACGGCCUAACAUUCAAAGCUAGUGGGUACAACACAACGAAUUCGACACCACCUUCUCUAACAUUUGACAUAAAUGGGGCUAGAAAUGACGAAGGUGAUGUAAAUGUCGCUGUCAUCUACUACGAUCGUAAAAUAUUCAGUUCUAGUAAUGGCAACGACGAUGCUAAAAUCGUUCGACAAGACGACAACAGAAAUAAUGGUAAGAUAAUGAAUGUAACUAUGGUCAGCGGAGUAAUAUCAGCGACUGCUUCAACUGCAAAACAUAAAAUCCCAGUGAUGGUUGACUUUACACUCCCUAAGGAUGUACCUAAGACCACCAAUCAGAGCGCUAGUGAAAACGCAACCACCCGACAGGCAGUCUGCUCAUAUUGGAACAUAACUGCUAGAGGCUGGUCAACAAAAGGUUGUCGUGUUGUAUCCGGUAGUGAUGUAUUUGCAGCAGAAACACGGUGCUCUUGUUCGCACACAACCAAUUUUGCUGUCCUUAUGCAGGUGUCUGAUGUACCGAUUAAUGAUAGACAUAGGACGGCUUUAGAAUGGAUUACAAGAAUUGGUUGCAGUAUAUCGCUUGCUGGCCUUUUCAUCUCUCUCGGCGUGUAUAUCUACCUCGAAGAUCUUCGGAAACUGGAGCGUAACUUAAUCCACAUUAACUUGAUGGUCAGUCUGAUCAUUGUGCAGUUUCUAUUCUUGCUUGGAAUAGAUCGCACGGAAAAUAAGGACGCCUGUACCGCUAUUGCUAUUUGCCUUCACUUUUUUCUCAUGGCCGUCUUUUCUUGGAUGCUUGUUGAGGGUAUCUACCUGCACUUUAAACUUCUUCGUCGGACAGCCGUCAACAAGAGUAAACUGCCGUAUUAUCUCCUGAUUGGCUAUGGCGUGCCUGUCGUUACAGUAGCGUUCACGGCUGGUUUUGGGUUCAGUGGCUACGGAACUGACAAAAGCUGCUGGUUAUCUACAGCUAAUGGACAUAUCUGGGCAUUCGUUGGACCGGCGUUGGCCAUCAUUUUGGUGAACAUAAUAACAUUAUUUUUUGUCGUGAAGUUGAUAUUUCAACGCUCAUCUCGAAGAAAAAGUGAAAGCCAACAUGCAGUUACUGCAGCCAAAGGAGCAUUCAUUUUGCUACCUAUUCUUGGUUUGACGUGGUUGUUCGGCAUUCUAUCCGUAAAUGACAACACUAUAAUUUUCCAAUACCUAUUUGUCAUCUUCAACUCACUACAAGGGUUAUCAAUUUUCCUUGUUUACUGCGUGUUCAACACAGAGGUAAGAACUUGUGAUUCUUAUUAACUGUACCCUUUAUAUAAGUA